AUGGCGCAGAAAAGAUCCCCUCCCACGGUGAUGAGCACCGUCACCGAGCAAAUCGGCAACACCCCUCUUGUUCGCCUCAACAAGCUCCCGAAGAGCCUGGGUAUAGAAGCAACUGUUUAUGCCAAGUUAGAAUUCUUCAACGCUGGCGGAAGUGUCAAGGAUCGCAUUGCCUUGCGCAUGAUCGAGGAGGCAGAACGCUCAGGAAGAAUAAAACCAGGUGACACCUUGAUCGAGCCCACCAGCGGCAACACGGGAAUCGGAUUGGCCCUUGUUGCAGCUGUGAAAGGAUAUAAGGCGAUCAUCACAUUGCCUGAGAAGAUGUCUGCUGAGAAAGUUGCUGUUCUUCGUGCCUUGAAUGCUACCAUCAUCCGUACCCCUACCGAGGCAGCGUUCGACUCCCCAGAAUCGCAUAUUGGAGUAGCCAAGCGUCUGGAGAAGGAGCUUCCUAAUGCGCAUAUUUUGGACCAGUACGGGAACGAAAACAACCCGUUGGCACACGAAUAUGGAACUGCUGAAGAAAUAUGGGCACAGACGGAGGGCAAAGUCAGUGUGGUUGUUGCUGGUGCUGGUACUGGUGGUACCAUCACUGGAAUUGCGCGUGGUUUGAAGAAGCACAAUUCUUCAAUUAAAAUUAUUGCAACCGAUCCUCAUGGAUCUAUCCUUGCUCUGCCUGAACCACUGAACCAGGAACAUCUUAACGAGGCCUAUAAGGUGGAAGGAAUUGGAUACGACUUUAUUCCUGAUGUUCUUGAUAGAAGCAUAGUUGACAAGUGGUACAAGACGGGCGACAUGGAGUCGUUCAAGUAUUCCAGACAGCUUAUUGCUGACGAGGGUCUCCUUGUUGGUGGAAGCAGUGGAAGUGCUAUUGAUGGUUUAGUGCAAGCCGUAAAGGAUGGCCAGAUUGGCAAGGACGACGUCGUUGUCGUUGUAUUGCCUGAUAGCAUCCGAAGCUACUUGACCAAGUUUGCCGACGACGACUGGCUUGCGGCUAACAACCUACUCCCUGAAUCCACUACCCAAGCCCCGCCAUCACCACAACUGGCUCACAAGGGAUCAAUGGAUCAAUUCGGUGGCGCCAAAGUCAAGGCCCUACGCCUCAAGCCUGUAACUACUGUGUCUGCCAAUUCGCCUUGCUCUGCAGCCAUUGAAACCAUGAGAGACAAGGGCUUCGACCAGCUUCCGGUCCUAGCAGCUCAAAGUCGAAGACUGGUUGGUCUAAUAACUCUUGGAAACGCCCUCAGUUGGAUUUCUCGCGGCAGAGCAACAGGCAACAGCCCUGUAUCAGACGUCAUGUUCGACUUUUCCAAGAUCUCUGAAAUUGUGACCGACCCACGAAACCUGGACAAAACUCCCAAGGCGGGUGAUGACCAGGCCGGCAAGCGCAAGGAAUUCCUUGAGAUCACCAUGGAUACACCCCUGAGCGUACUCAACCGUUUCUUCGAAUGGAACAGUGCGGCAGUAGUGACUGAGAAGGAUGAGUCUGGACACAUGAAGCCACUCGCCGUUGCAACUAAAGUCGACCUCUUGACAUGGCUCCUACAGCAAAAUAAACUGAGCUAG